UUUUGAGUGUGUGUGCUCUGCAACAGUCCUAAUAUGUAAGUGUGAUAGUGUGUUUGUCAGUAGAGGUGUGCUCUUGUCCUGCGUGACCCUGGUUGAGGGGUUUGAAUAGGCCUUUGGAAAGCUCUGGGGGGUGGUGUGUGUGCUGACUCAGGUAGUGUGCGCCGCCCCAGACCAGCGGAGCCACCACUCUUUAUAGAGUAUAGAGCAUGUCGGGAUCCUAGCACACAUCAACAUCAAACCACAAGGGAAUAAUCCACCCAAAAGAGCCUAAAAUCUGGGAAAGAUUCAGCAGAUCUAGAGGGAAGAGCAACACGUUUCAAUGCAGAGUGGCGUAGCAUUUAAAGAAGAGCCCAGUAAAAAUAAGGAUGGCAGUUUGCAGGAAAAAGAGCAAUCUUCUGAAAGCCAUUACAGGAUUGUUUCACCAACAUUCCAGUAUAAGAUGAGCCACCAGCGAGUUGGCAAGUGCAUCAUCAUCAACAACAAGAACUUUGAUGAAAAAACAGGGAUGAAUGUACGCUGUGGCACAGAUCGCGAUGCUGAAGAGCUGUCCAAGUGCUUUAAAAACUUGGGCUUUGAAGUUUUCAUCUACGAUGACCAGACCUGCAGGAACAUGGAGCGGCUACUUAAACGAGUUUCAGAAGAGGACCACAGCGACAGCUCCUGCUUCGCCUGCAUCUUGCUGAGCCACGGCGAGGAGGGCAUGAUUUAUGGCACGGACGGAGCAAUGCCCAUCAGGAGCAUGACCUCGCUCUUCAAAGGAGACAUGUGCAAGAGCCUCGUGGGCAAGCCCAAGCUUUUUUUCAUCCAGGCUUGUCGGGGUUCCGAGUUUGAUGAUGGUGUACAAACAGACUCAGGACCGCCCAAUGACACGAUAGAGACAGAUGCCAAUCCAAGACACAAGAUUCCGGUAGAGGCAGACUUCCUGUUUGCUUAUUCAACUGUGCCAGGUUACUACUCCUGGAGGAAUCCGGGCCGAGGCUCCUGGUUUGUCCAGGCCCUCUGUAACAUUCUUAAUGAGUUUGGCAAGCAACUUGAGAUCAUGCAGAUCCUCACUCGGGUCAACUACAUGGUGGCCACCAACUUCGAGUCCUGGUCAGAGGACCCCCGUUAUAGCGAGAAGAAACAGAUACCUUGUGUGGUGUCCAUGUUGACUAAAGAGCUCUACUUCAACUGAUCUGAGCAGACCAUCUUCACAUGCUCUGCUCCAUCUGCCUUUUCACAGCACGCACAAGGACAUUUAAUUUUUUUAUCUUUUAACAGUAAAUAUUAACCACAUUUUUUGUCAUUGAUCUGCCAUAAGGAAGGAAACCUCAG